AUGUUUCAACCAUGUUGCUCGAAAAGCACAAUGUCCCGAUCCGGUGUUGCCGUUAACGACUCUGCCCUCCAGGCUUUCAACGAGCUCAAGCUCGGCAAGAAGGUCACCUUCAUCAUUUACAAGAUCAACGAUGCCAAGACCGAGAUUGUUGUCGAGGAGGAGGGAACCACCGACUCUUACGACACCUUCCUCGGCAAGCUGCCCGAGAACGACUGCCGAUACGCCGUCUACGACUUUGAGUACGAGAUCUCCAGCGGUGAGGGUAAGCGAUCCAAGCUUGUCUUCUUCACCUGGUCUCCCGAUACCGCUCCUGUCCGAAGCAAGAUGAUCUACGCCUCUUCCAAGGACUCUCUCCGACGGGCUCUUACCGGUAUCUCCACCGAGAUCCAGGGUACUGACUUCUCCGAGGUUGCUUACGAAUCUGUUCUCGAGCGAGUUUCUCGAGGAGCCGGUUCUCACUAA